AUGGCCGCUGAUGCUUUAUUCAACCAAGCCGAUGUUAACCACGAUCAAGUCGUCGAUAGAAAUGAAUUUCGAAACUUUAUCGGUGGUAACGCUGCGGGCGGUGUUGCUGGUGCUGAAUUCGGCGCAUACGGAGCUGGCGCUGGAUAUGGCUCAUCAUCAUAUCAAUCAUCAUCUUACGAAUCAUCAUCCGCAAAUGGUGGAGCUCUAGGUGGUGAACUUGCCUACGGUGCAGCUGGUGCUUCAUUUGGUGGUGCUUCCUUAGGCGGUGCUGGCUAUGGUUCAUCAUAUGAAUCGUCAUCAUACAACUCAUCAGUUGGUAAUGGCGGAGCUGCCUAUGGAGUAGACAGUUCUAACUAUUCAUCAUCAGAAACAACUGCUGUUCAACGUUAUGAAACCGAUGCUCAAGGUCUCUUCAAAGACUCCAACCCCCAAAUUAUUCGUCGUCCAGCACCAGGUGGUGUUCAAACCUAUACCCAAAAUAUCCGAGUCCGAUUUCUUCAACCCCCACCAAUUCCACCACCAGGCCCACUCAUCAUCAAAGAAGUGCGACCACCUCAACCACCUCCACCACCACCCCUCCGCAUUCGUCAACAAGCUCCUCCCCUUCCUACACCACCUCCACUCAUCCUCCGUGAACGACCACCAGUACCACCAGCGUCCGUCGCCUCUCAAACUGUUGUCCGACGAUUGGCUGCCCUCCCCGUCCCACCACGAUCGGUGAUCAUCGAACGUUUACCAGCACAACCUGCUCGACCACGCGAUAUCAUCAUCGAACGUUGGGUUCCAUAUGGAGCACAAGCUAAACGUCGAACCAUUGUUCAACGUGCAGCUGCAGCUCAACAAUAUGCUCGCCCACGUAAUGUUAUCAUUCAAUACGAAGCACCCCAAGUACGUGUUGUCCGACAAUUCCAACGUCUUGGUGUUACCCCAGAAAACCCACAAGCCUACGUUCAACGUUAUGGUGCAUCUCUUUUGGAUGCUCAAACUUUGGUACAACAAGCACGUGCUGCUGGUGUUGUUGAAGACAUUAGUGCACCAGCUGUCCGUGGAGCAGUAGCAGCCGGCUUUGAAAGUGGAGUAGUUGGCGGUGGUUCAUCCUUCGAAUCAUCAUCCUAUUCAGCAACAGGCUCAGGCACAGGCUUUGAUGCUGGUUUAGGUGGUUCAUCAUCAUACGAAUCAUCAUCAUUCGCAGCAAGUAGCGAAGGUGCUGGACUCGGUGCUGGUGCAGGAUUCGGUGUCAGUGCUGUUGAUGGCGGUUUCGGCAGCUCUAGCUCAUACGAAGCCUCCUCAUCAUACAGUGCAUCCACUGGAGGUGCCUUCGGUAGCUCCAAUGAUGCCGCAUUCAACGCCGCUGACACAAACCACGAUGGUGUUUUAUCACGUGGUGAAUUUCACAAUGCUGGUUAUUAA